AUAGCCACGAUCAGAUGCUCACAUCCAUCCAAGCGUUAGCAGGACACACACCCGUUGGCCUUCAUUUUCUCAGGUCGCUUGCCUUUCUCGCUACCACACAAGCAAGCCUUGUCUAGCUGGUUAAAUUAAGGUGAACCAAGAAUGGGGAAGUCAAUAUUAAUGGUCGGCCUUUUAUUUCUCUUGAGCUUCCUAAAUGGCCUUAAAGUUUCCGGUCAGGCGGCAUCAUCACCACCCACGGCUGCUGAUCUGCUUCAGGUGGCUGCUUCUCUCCAAAUGUACGUUGACGAGUUGCCUGACAUGCCCAAGAUCAAUGGCUACUCUUCCCACAAUGGGCGACCUGGGCCAGCCAAUCUCACCAUAGGGAUGUUUGAAAAGAAAUGGAAAUUCCAUAGAGAUCUACCAGCCACCACCGUGUUCGCAUUUGGAAUGUCAUCAACCGCAGCAACAGUUCCCGGUCCGACAAUAUUGACCCUUCAAAAUGUGCCAACCUACAUCACAUGGGAAAAUCACCUACCAUCCACCCAUAUACUCCCUUGGGAUCCAACGAUCCUCAAUGCAAUACCAAAGAGCGGAGGUGUGGCAACAGUUGUCCAUCUUCAUGGUGGCAUUGAUGAACCACAAAGUGAUGGCGGCCCAUUCGCUUGGUUCACUUCAGACUUUAAUCAAACCGGACCAGCUUGGACCACACCAACAUACACUUAUCUAAAUGACCUCCAGCCCCCAGGCAACAUUUUCUACCAUGACCAUGCACUUGGCAUAACCAGGGUGAAUCUCAUAGCUGGUCUCUUUGGGGGGUACCUCAUCACCGACCAAGCGACGGAGAGCCGCCUAAAUCUUCCCUCCGGCUCAUUUGAUCGUCUGAUCAUGAUCUUCGACCGUAGCUUCAACAAAGACGGUUCUCUGUACUUGAACUAUACCGGUGUGAACCCGCCCGUCCACCCUCAAUGGCAGCCAGAGUACUUCGGCGAUGCCAUCAUAGUUAAUGGCAAGGCUUGGCCCUUCAUGAACGUCCAGCCGAGAAAGUACCGUUUCCGAAUCGCCAGUGUCGCCAAUGCUCGGUACUUUCGUCUUUCAUUAAGCAAUGGCCUCAAUUUCACUCAAAUAGCCUCUGAUUACUCCUACCUUCCCCAUCCAGUUGUUGUUAGUUCCAUACUCCUGUCCCCUGCAGAAGGCGCUGAUGUGAUUAUCGACUUCUCGAAGUCCUCCGGUGAGGUCCUCCUACAAAACGAUGCUCCAUAUCCUUACCCUUCUGGUAAUGCAGUGGAUUCUCUCAAUAGUAAGGUCAUGAAGUUUGUGAUUCAGUCUCAAAAUGCAUCAGUUGUUGACCGUUCCGUAGUCCCCAAAAGCCUCGUUCAAUAUCCGAACCCUGUCACCACUGGCAUAACACAAACGCGUUACCUUGGCUUAUAUGAGUAUAGUACCAAUGGUCUGGUUACACAUUUAUAUAUUAAUGGCAAACGGCUUACAGAUCCAGCAACAGAAACACCAGUCCCUGGUAGCACAGAGGUUUGGAAGAUUAUAAACUUGACACAAGAUGAUCACCCUCUGCAUCUUCACUUAGCAAUGUUUCAGGCCAUAGAACAGAGAGGACUAGUGAAUGUAGACCAAUUCACAGCGUGCAUGAAUACUACAUACGAUGCCAUCAAAUGCAACAUCAGUACCUAUGCUCAGGGGCCGUUGUUUCCUAUACCACCAACUGAGAUGACAUGGAAGAAUAUAGUUAAGAUGGCCCCAGGAAACAUGACGACUGUGGUGGUAAAGUUUGGUUAUGUCCACAAGGAUGCUUCAUAUCCAUUUGAUUCGACUGCAGAGCCUGGUUACGUAUACCACUGCCACAUAUUGGAUCAUGAGGACAAUGAGAUGAUGAGGCCUUUGAAGCUGGUUCGGUAGAAAAAAGAUUAGUCACACCGAAAAAAAUGCAAAAAAAAUUGUGGCCUAUGGUGUCAUAUGUAUGGAUUAGCAAUGAACAAAGAUACGGUACUAGUAUACGUACCGGUAUUGAAAAAUUCACUCAUAUGAGAUGAUUGAAAAAUAAAAAGUUCUUGUUGAUUGUUCAAUUAUGUUGUUGAUUGCUUAAAUGACUUCUGGUGGGGGGGGGGGGGAAAGUGAAACAAACAGGAUCAUAUGUUUCAGUCUUGUAUAACCUACAUCCAUGAUAAAAAUUAUUCUCGCUUUCAUUCU